UUAACGCGAUUCGCGAAAAUAACGACAGGAGGCGUCGUCGUAAGCUCGAUAACAGACAUCAGCUGACAAAAAUUCAUUCGUGUUUGACGUUUCACGGAAUUAGAAAAGCUGAGGGAAGAUUUUGGAAAAAACGGCAUGGAACCUCAGGAUGUGUAUUACAGCAGGGCGGAGUACGUCGAGACGGCUUCCGGGAACAAGGUAAGCAGGCAGACGGUUCUAUGCGGUUCGCAGAAUAUCGUUUUACACGGAAAGGUGAUCGUACAAUCGGACGCUAUUAUCAGAGGCGAUUUAGCGAACGUCAGGACGGGACGUUAUUGUAUCAUCAGCAAAAACGCCAUCAUAAGGCCGCCGUUUAAGAAGUUUAGCAAAGGCGUCGCCUUCUUUCCUCUGACGAUGGGGGACCACGUGUUCGUGGGAGAACGAGCUGUGGUAAACGCGGCCAUCGUCGGUUCAUACAUAUACAUAGGGAAAAACGCAGUAAUCGGAAGGAGGUGCGUCCUGAAGGACUGUUGUUACAUCGAGGACGGAGCCGUGAUCCCGCCAGAGACCGUAGUUCCUUCGUUUACCCGUUUGGCCGGCAAUCCUGCGAAGUGCGUCGAGGAUUUACCCGAGUGCACCCUCGACCUCAUGCUAGAAUUCACAAAGAACUAUUAUCAGCACUUUCUACCGUCACGCGGUUAAUCCGUUUGUUAUUCUGUAUUCUGUACACAGGCGCGUACCGAAAAGAAUGUUCAUCCCUUGGA